AUGAAACAUUGUUCAUCUCAUUUUCUCCAAGAACCCAACAAAGAAAUCCCAGAAACGAGACAAGAAUUCGAAAAAGAAGAAAAUGAGGAAGAGGAAGAGAGAUCCAGAUGUGAGUGGGAAUUCAAUCUUUCAACUGUAGUUUCUUCCUCCGCUAUUAAAGGAGGAGCUGUUUCUGAUACAGUAGGUGUUAUAGAAUUCGACCCCAGUGAUAGUUUUUUGGCCACUGGUGGAAUAGCAAGGAAGAUUCGAAUUUACAGUGUGAAAUCCCUUUUACCAUAUGAAGGGAUUUCAAGAACUCAUGGUGUAACAUUACUGGAUCAUGCUACUGCAUGUGAUUAUUAUAUAUGUACUCCGGCGAAGCUCAGCAGCCUGCGGUGGAAGCCCGGGUUGGGUGGACGGGUCCUGGGAUCGGGUGAUUACGAUGGGGUUGUGAUGGAAUAUGAUCUUGAGAGAAGAGUGCCUAUUUUUGAGAGGGAUGAGCAUGGUGGGAGACGGGUAUGGAGCAUGGACUACUCGCAUUGGGAUCCGAUUUUGGGUGCAUCCGGAUCCGACGAUGGCACUAUGCAGAUGUGGGACCCACGUUGCGGCGACGGAGGGAAGUGUUUGGCAGCGGUGCAACCGAAUACCAUUGCGCGCAGCCCAGUUUGUUGCGUUGAGUUCAAUCCUUUCGACGGUUCAUUGAUCGUGGUGGGUUGCGCGGACAGCAAAGUCUAUGGCUAUGAUAUAAGAAGAAUGGCUGACUCGGUUUUCGUAUUUGAUGGGCACCAAAAAGAAAAUCAUCGGAUAAUCCGAACAUACAAAGGGCACAUAAACGGCAGAAGAUUUGUUGGUUUAUCAGUUUGGAGGGGUGGUGGAUUAUUAUGCUGUGGCUCAGAAAAUAAUCAAGUUUUUGUAUAUGACAAAAGAUGGAGUAAGCCAGUAUGGGUUCAGGGAUUUGAACCAGUGGUGGAUGCCGCUGCAGGCAGCGGAGGACCGGGAUAUAACCGGGGUUUUGUUAGCAGCGUUUGCUGGCGGCAAACCGGGGAUGACCGCUGCACACUGGUGGCUGCUGGGGGUUCAGAUGGGAUUUUACAAGUAUUUGAAUGCGAAAAAAAGGUGAUGCACUGUUAA